GAGGUUGCUCCAGAUAAGUCAUUUAUUAAACAGACUUGCUUGUCCUAAGGGUGCGAAGGCUCUGAGAAGGAAAUAGCACACCGGGGCCAGGAAGCCAGGGUCUUCAGACCCUGGGGUUCAUUUCUUCAGCAAGGUUGCAUGGGACUAUGACCAGAGCGACAUUCAACUGAAGGGUCCCAGGCACUUAUAAAACGAUGCGUUCUGCGUUUUUCUGGAGUGGACUGUAGAGAGAUGGAUUUUGAUGAAGAUUACCAGUCCCCGUUUGAUUUUGACACAGGAGUGAACAAAAGCUAUCUUUACUUAUCUCCUAGUGGAAAUUCGUCUCCAUCCGGAUCACCUACUCUUCAGAAAUUUGGUCUGCUGAGAACAGAUCCAGUCCCUGAGGAAGGAGAAGAUGUUGCUGCCACGAUCGGGGCCACGGAGACCCUGUCAGAGGAAGAGCAAGAAGAGCUGAGAAGAGAACUUGCAAAGGUAGAAGAAGAAAUCCAGACUCUGUCUCAAGUGUUAGCAGCAAAAGAGAAGCAUCUAGCAGAGAUCAAACGGAAACUUGGGAUCAACUCACUGCAGGAACUAAAACAGAACAUUGCCAAAGGCUGGCAGGAUGUGACGGCAACAUCUGCAUACAAAAAGACAUCCGAAACCUUAUCUCAGGCUGGACAGAAGGCAUCAGCUGCUUUCUCAUCUGUUGGAUCCGUCAUCACCAAAAAGCUGGAAGAUGUAAAAUUGCAAGCCUUUUCACAUUCCUUUAGUAUCCGCUCCAUUCAACAUUCAAUUAGCAUGCCUGCUAUGAGAAACUCCCCAACUUUCAAAUCAUUUGAAGAAAAGGUUGAAAACUUAAAGUCUAAAGUAGGGGGAACCAAGCCAGCUGGCGGGGAUUUUGGAGAAGUCUUGAAUUCAACGGCGAAUGCUAGUGCUGGCGCCCCAGAGCCUCUUCCAGAACAGACGCAGGCGAACCCGUGAGGCCCUCACCUUUGUUCGGCUACCCACUGCCAGAUGCUGCAAGGAAGAUCCAAGCACGUCUUGUCAACAUUUGUCGCCCUGAAUUUCCACCAGAUGUGCUUUCACUUAGCUUUACAUAUUCAUUUGACCAAAUAGUUUGUGGGUUGAACAAAAUAAAACUAUCUUCACCUCUGAUUCCUGGGAAAUACCCUCUAAUGUGCACUUAAGGGCCCUGAUUUAGGAAACACUAUUAUAAAA